AUGUUAUAUUAUGUUAUUGGUUUAUUAAGUCAAAUAUAUUGUGAUGGUCCAAUAUUAACAGCUGUUCAAGAAGGUAAACUUUUUCCUGAUUCUAAACAUUUUGUUGAUAUGAUGUUAAAAAAUGAUCCAUUAACAACAUUACAAAAUUUUAAAAAAUUAGGUGAACAUUCAAAUGAUACGAAUGUUUUAUUACAAUUUAUUGAUCAACAUUUUGAUGAACCAGGGACAGAGUUGAUUAAAGUUUACCCAACUGAUUGGCAUACAUUUCCAUCAAAUUUUUAUAAUAUUCGUGAUCCAUAUUUUAGAAGAUGGGCAUUACAUCUUCAUAGAAUAUGGAGAGAUUUAACAAGACAAGUUAAAACUAAUGUUAGAGAUCAUCAAGAUAGAUAUUCACUUUUAUAUGUUCCAUAUCCAUUUGUUAUACCUGGUGGUAGAUUUAGAGAAUUUUAUUAUUGGGAUACAUAUUGGAUAGUUAAGGGUCUUCUUUAUUCACAAAUGUAUGAAACUGCUAAAGGAAUUAUAAGAAAUUUUAUAUAUAUUGUUGAGAAACAUGGUUUUAUACCUAAUGGUGGUAGAGUAUAUUAUUUAUCACGAACACAACCACCAUUUUUAACACAAAUGGUUUAUUCAUAUUAUUUAUCAACAGGUGAUUUAGAUUUUGUUCAAGAAUCAUUACAACUUCUUGAAAAAGAAUUUAAAUUUUGGAUUAAACAACGAUCAACAGAAUAUUAUAGUCCAAAUAAUUCUUCUCAGUAUCUUUUUAGAUAUUUUCAAUAUAGAACAAAAUUAUUAACACCACGUCCAGAAUCUUAUAGAGAAGAUAGUGAAUUAGCUGAAAAUUUAAAAACACUUAAAGAAAAACAAGAAAUGUGGAGUAAUUUGGCAUCAGCAGCUGAGGCAGGAUGGGAUUUUAGUACAAGAUGGUUUAAAAGAGAUGGUCCAGAUGCAUUUGAAAUAAAAUCAAUACGUACAAUGAAAAUUGUACCAGUUGAUUUAAAUGCCUUACUUUGUAUGAAUGCUCGAACAAUUGGAGCAUUUUGGGAAUUAUUAGGUAAUAAAGGUAAAUGGAAAGAAUAUAAUGGUUAUUAUAGUAUGAUAAAAAAAGAAAUGAAAACUUUACAUUGGAAUGAAACAGAUGGAAUAUGGUAUGAUUAUGAUUUAGAGACAAAAAAACAUAUAACAGAAUAUUAUAUUUCAAAUACUGUUCCACUUUAUGCAAGAUGUUUUGAUGAUUCAGAUGAAAUAAUUCCUCAUAAAGUUUAUGAUUAUCUUAAGAAUGUUGGAGUAUUAAAAUAUAAAAGAGGUCUUCCAACAUCAUUAAGAAUGAAUAGUAAAGAACAAUGGGAUAAAGAAAAUGCCUGGCCACCAAUGAUACAUAUGUUAAUUGAAGGUUUCCGUAAUACAGGUGAUGAUGAUUUAAUGAAAGUUGCAGAGGAAAUGGCAAUAGAAUGGAUUAAUCAUGCAUACAAAUCAUAUUCAUUAACUGAUGCAAUGUUUGAAAAGUAUAAUGUUAGUGCAUUCUCAGCUGAUGGUAGUCCAGGAAGUGGUGGAGAAUACGAGGUACAAACAGGAUUUGGAUGGACAAAUGGAGUUAUUUUAGAUUUACUUGAUAAAUAUGGUCAUGUUGUUACAAGUAAAGAAACAAGUUGGUAUACCAAAAUAAUUAAAUAUAUUUUGGGAAAUGCUUGGAAAUUAAUGUUUGGAUAUGAAUUUUAA